UUCUGCAGAUAUUUAAAGGCAGUGAAUCAGAACUGCAAACACACAUAUCGAUGGCGAGGGUGAGCUCCAAACACAGUGAUUCUGUCUUCUAUGGGUAUUCCAACAUCAAUAUUACGGUGCUUCUCUGGGCUCUCCUUUCACAGAUUUGGCCUCAACCUGUUACUUGCCGUUCAACUCUCGAGUUUCUUCCAGGCUUCCAUGGACGCCUUCCCUUUCAACUCCAAACUGGGUACGUGGGAGUGGGAGAAUCAUCAGAAGUAGAGGUUUUCUAUUAUUUUAUAGAGUCAGAGAACAAUCCUCAAGAAGACCCACUCUUGAUUUGGUUUUCUGGUGGUCCUGGAUGCACUUCAUUUGUGGGACUUGCCAGUGAAAUAGGUCCAAUUGCAUUUGUAGACCAGGAGUACAAUGGGAGCUUGCCUAGCCUAGUCUUGAGGCCUCAAUCAUGGACCAAGGCAGCGAGUAUAAUUUUUCCAGAUUUGCCCGUUGGAGCAGGGUUCUCAUACGCCAAAACAGAAGCUGCUAAUCAAUCAGGUGACUGGGUUGUAGCUCACCAUGCUUAUCAGUUUCUAAGAAAGUGGCUAAUGGAUCAUCCAGAAUACUUAUCGCAUAAGGUGUAUGUGUGUGGGGACUCCUAUGCUGGCAUUCAUAUCCCAGCCUUCGUUCAAGAAAUUUCAUAUGGAAAUGAAAAUGGGGUCCAGCCUUUGAUAAAUAUCCAGGGAUACAUACUUGGGAAUCCGAUAACAACAAGACUUGAAGUAAACUAUCAAAUUACAUUUGCUCAUGGAAUGGGAUUGAUCUCUGAUGAACUUCACGAGUCAUUACAGAAAAAUUGUAAAGCACAAUACGCAAACAUGGACCCCAAGAACUUGUUAUGUCUCAGAGAUUUCCAGUUAUUCCAAGAGUUAACAGCAGAAAUCGACCAUGCUAUGAUUUUGGAACCUGCCUUUUGUGGUUAUGAUAAUCUGCGUGUGCUGUCACCAAGAAAUUCCUUGAUGAAGAGAUCUCUAACCCAGAAAGUGAAGGCCAAUAAUUUUCCAUCAAAAUGUCGGCGACUAGGAUAUACUCAAGAAACAUAUUGGGCUAAUAAUGAUCACGUUCGAAAAGCACUCCAUGUUCGAAAGGGAACCGUAGGAUGUUGGAAGCGUUGUAAUAGCGAUAUAAAUUAUAAAUAUGGAAUUAAUAGCAGCUUUUAUAUUCAUGCAAAUCUCAGCGCAAAGGGUUAUCGUUCUUUGAUAUACAGUGGCGAUCAUGAUAUGGUAUGUCCUUUCUCAGCAACACAAGCAUGGAUUAGAUCUUUGAAUUACUCCGUUGUUGAUGAUUGGAGGCCUUGGCAUGUCAAUGGCCAAGUUGCUGGAUACACAAGGACUUACUCCAACCACAUGACAUUUGCAACCAUGAAGGGUGCAGGACAUACAGCUCCAGAAUUCAAACCGGACGAAUGCCUUGCCAUGCUCAAAAGGUGGAUAUCUAAUGAGCCUCUCUAAUCAACACGGGAUUACCUCUCACGAGGAUGUAAAAUUUGUUUGAAGAAAAAUCAAAUCUUGGGUGUGUAUUCAUAAAAUUGAAGAGAUAUAUAUUUGAAAAUAUAUAUU